UGACAACAGAAGGCUGAAAAAAUGUCUCUGCUCUCAUGAGGCUGCUUUCACCGGAUUUCCAAACACACCAAACUCUGCCGCCAUGGAGGAGAAGGUAUGAACGCGACCGGCGCGGAGGGUCAGAGCUGCGGCUGCUGGGAUGUUCACUCAAUCCUUGAAUGCCUCUGGUGAAAACUAGCUGAAGAUGCAGGGGGCGAUUGCACGAGUGUGCAUGGUGGUGGCCGCUGCCAUAUUGAACCACCCCUUGCUCUUUCCUCAAGAAAACGUCACCAUCCCAGAGCAGGACGACGAGCUGAUGGCUCGGAUGCGGGAGCAUGAGGAGAGGCUGGAGAUGGAGCAGGCCAAGCUGGAGAAAGAGCUAUCUGAGCUGGACUCAAAGCAGGAAGAAACCAGCUGGGAUGAAGGUUAUAGCUGGUACUUCUGGAGCACGCUGUCUUUUCUCAUAUUUUUCACGAUUGAGAUGUGCAGGGUGGAUUUUGCUGAAACGGAAAUCCGGCCAGUGGAGGAUGAGGACGUAUUUUCAGAAAAUGGAUCAAUCACUUCCAAGACGAUGGUGCUGGAUAAGGACAUCCUGAGCAACUUCUGUGACAAAUGCACCUACACCUCGGCCCACGAAAACUGGAGAGUGAGGGAGUUUGCCGAGGGUUUUGCGGACGACUUGCUGGAGUCCCUCAGAAGUGUGUGCGACCGCGAGAUGGACAUGGAAGUCGGGGACUUUGUUGGGAUUGGAAGCAUGUUUGAGUCUUGGACGGUGUGCAAGCCCCUCACGUGUGACCUGAUAGUGCCUUUUUCCCCUCCUUUCCCGCACUCCUUUCAGUACGAGCUGUGGUGCAGCCCAGCCAGUGACGUACCUCCAGACAUGGAGGGCUGUGGCAGGAUCAAGGUGACCAGGUUCGGGGAGGGUGAGGAGGGAUGUCUGUGCGGAUCUGCCAACCUGGGUGAGGACAUGCUUUGUCUGUUGCACAGCAAGAAUGACUCAGUCAAAGUGAACCACACCCCUGAGGAGCUGCUGUGCUCAAAGAACACUCAUUUCUUAGCCAAAGACCAAGUCAUGAAGUGGUUUCAGAUCUCUAUAACCAAAGCGUGGGGACGGAUUUCCCACAAGUACGACUUUGAUGUCAACUUUCGCAACCUGGAUGCUGCAGGUGCUCUGAAAGUCCGAUUCCGUUCCGGGAAAGUCAUUGUGUUGAACAUCAUCCCCGUGGUGCAGCUGGAGGGCACCGAUGCUUUUUUUGUCUCACACUUUCCCUCACAGUGUGACGCCUGCCCAGACCCACACUGGCCUCUCUCGUUUGCCAUGUACGAGAGGAAUUUGCUCAAAUAUUUUGCCAAGCGCCUACCCCAACAUUCCUGUCAUUUGCACUGCCUCCAGAUUGCCACUUUCUUACACAGGAAGCAGUCCCGGCUCACGGGGGAAACUGCCCUGACGAACUACCACCUGAAGACUGCUUUGCUGCACUUGCUGCUGAGCAGCAGGCCCUGUGCAUGGGGCGCAGAGAACAUGGAGCACAGGCUGCGGGACGUGCUGGGCUUCGUGCAGAGGAGUCUGCUGGAGAAAAGACUCAACCAUGUUCUCAUUGGAAAUGGCAAAGUGCCAGAAGAAAUCGGCGUUCCCAAGAUGAUUCGCAAAGCGGGGCCCGUGAAUCUGUUCAGGUCUCUGGUGUUGCAGAGGGAUCUUUACACAGCAACCAUCAGGCAUUUUCAGGAGAUGUUGAGGAAUGCAUCUGUACUCAUCCAAGAGUACACACCUCACUUAUCAAAUGGUGGAUUACACCAAGACAUAGGGGAGUGCUAGGCAUACUAAUUUUAUUUUUUCCUUUUAAUGUUACUCAGUGUUAUAAAGUUACUUAAAAAAAAAAAAAA